GGCCAGCGAGAAUUUGUCGAGUCUAAAGCCAAAGCAGAACAAUGAGCAAGAGCACUAUGAUUAGCGAGUCCCAGUUGAAGGAGUAUUAUGAGGUAGCCUUGAGUCUGGUGAAGAAAUGUGGACCAAUGUUAAUGGAGGGCUACAAGAAACCCAAGGCGGAUUAUACGGUGAAAGCGGACUUUUAUGAUUUGGUCACCGUCUACGACAAACAGAUCGAAGAUACCCUCACUGAAGGACUACUCGCUGCAUUUCCCGAAUCCCAAAUCAUUGGCGAGGAGGAAUCGGCAGCCACCAAACGCGAAGCGGAAUUAACCGAUGCACCCACGUGGAUCAUUGAUCCCAUCGAUGGCACCACAAAUUUCGUGCAUCGCAUUCCUCAUUGCUGCAUUUCGGUGGGUUUGACUAUCAACAAGGAGCUGGUCGUUGGCAUUAUCUACAAUCCGCCGGCAAAUGAGCUGUUCUCAGCUUGGAAGGGGCACGGUGCUUACUUGAAUGGCCAGCGCAUUCACACCUCCAAAAUAACGACAAUCAGACAAGCCGUGGUUGCCUAUGAGAUUUCAAUGAUACAUGCUGUUGCAGUGCGCGACAAGAAUAUCAAACGCAUUUAUAAGUUGGGCUCAAAUGCUACAGCCACUCGCAGCUUUGGCAGUGGUGCUCUCGCCUUGUGCUAUGUGGCAACGGGCCAAUGCGAUAUUUAUCAUGUUGAGGAUCUUAAGCCAUGGGAUAUUGCAGCUGGCGCUGUUAUAUUAACUGAAGCAGGUGGCUCCAUCUAUCAUACCAGUGGUGGUAAAUUUAAUGUGAUGAAACCCGAUCUUGUGUGUGCAGCCACCGAUGAACUGGCCAAGAAUGCGAUGAGCCUCAUUGAGGAGGCCAAUCAAAUUACGGAAUAUACAUUCAAAUGAAACCAAGGGCAAAUUAAUAAAUUGAAUUUAUAAAUUUAUAAUAAAGAAAAUCGAUUUAAAAAAUCAUUACCAGUAAAAAAUUCAGGUUUUCGAGGGAGAUUUGGUUAAAAAUCAUAAAAACGUUUGACAAAUAAUCACAGUCAUUGUAUAACUAAGCACGAAUAAAUAAAUUGAAACCAGUUAUUAUUUUCUUUGUUUAA